UAGAGCGGGACAAUGAGAUGACGAGCCCUGAACGUUACAGAAGAAACACGGCACAUGAGACGCUUAUAAGUUUGUGGAUCUACUUUAUCUUUUUAAAAUAUAAAAAAAUCUAUCUUUUUUUACCACUGGACAUUUCUGGACACCAUUUAGUCGGUGGAUUGGACACUAAAUUUGGUGAAACUUGUGACAAGAAACAUCUCCAUAAGAGGAUAUAGAACAGAAGUGACGUUCAAGAGAAGCUGAUGAUUUGACGCGCAUGAAAAAGACACUUAUUUUCUUAAUGGCUGUUUAGUUUUCGAUUGUAACGGAGGAGUUAAAGGUCCACGGAUAUUUCCCGGUAAGAAAUGAAAGAACAAAGACAAAGAAAGAUGUAAGACUUCGUGUGAACGAGUCGUCUGACGAGCACAAACGUUUCUUUAAUCGCUGUGGACGAUAACUACUCUCCCGCCGUUUGCUCCGACAACGCGCGAAAAUGUGCGAGGUCGAAUUAUCGCGUUUGUUUAAACUUGAGAGAAAACAACUGAAUAUGUGUAACUUGACACUCUGUAUUUUACUCGUCCUGACAUGUUCUUGCCCACAUUCAUCUUCUUGUCCUGUACAAUGCUUGUGUGAAGCCACGACAAUUAACUGUGUUAACCAAGACUUAAGAUCCAUCCCACAAGACCUUCCAGAAAACAUCACUACACUUAACAUCAGUGGUAACAAUAUAAUGACUCUGAACAACACAUCUUUCCCCAGGCCACUGGGACAUUUAACAACCCUUUAUGUGUCUGGAAGCCAAGUGGAGCAAUUAGACUCUGUGGUGUUUGACAACUUGCCAAGUCUUCGUUUACUUGACCUCAGCAACAAUAGGAUCAUGCAUUUUAACAUUGAGGCUUUCCCUCAAGACAACAAGGUUGAGGUUCUGAACCUCAGCAGAUCCUUAUACAAUCACUCAUAUGUGAGUAUUUUUGCAAAUCUUUUUAAACACAGCUUACCUAAGGUCUCCCAUCUCGAUUUGUCCAACAAUGACCUGGUGCUCCUUCCAGAGGACAUGUUCACAGGUUUGUUGGACCUCAAGAUUUUGGAUUUGAGGAACAACUCCCUUGUUGAAAUUAGCAGUGGCUCUUUUCAGAACCGGGCACUGAAAGAGUUGGACUUACGAGACAAUGCAUUCAAAGUGCUGCCAAACUCGACGCUGGCAGAGCUCAGUUCCAUCCCUGACUUGCAAGUCAGUCUCGCAGGAAACCCCUGGCGCUGCGAUUGCAAUAUUGAAGACAUGUUGAUCUGGUUGAAGAGACAUGACGUUGUGGUAGACAUGGUAAACAUGACCUGUUCUGACCCAAUAGGGCUGAGAAAUAGCCCGCUGCUACACCUCGAACAAUCACAGCUUCCAUGCACCUACACAGGAGAUCUGAAUGGUGUUCUGGAGACCUCCUAUGUGUUCCUGGGGAUGGUGCUUGCCCUCAUCGGGGUCAUCUUCCUGCUUGUUAUUUACCUCAACAGGAAAGGGAUCAAGAAGUGGAUGUACAAUAUCCGUGAUGCUUGCAGAGACCACAUGGAGGGGUACCAUUACAGAUAUGAGAUCAACGCCGAACCACGGCUUGCCAACCUCAGUCUGAACUCAGAUGUGUGAGGAGACAUGGAUUCUUUGCACAACUGGCACACAAUGACUUCACUUUUGCUUUGCAUGAGUAUAUACCUACAUUAUAUAUAAUGUAUAUAUAAAGUUUGCUGUGACAUGCCUUCUUUCUCAUCAUGCAGGACUUGCUCGCUGCAUAUUUUAUAUGUGCUGAUGUCUCGCUAUAAUGUUGUCCGGUGACGCAUGAAUCAAGAACACACGUAAAGAAGUUACAAUUAUUUGAUGGGGCUGCAGAUGGGAUCUCUUGUAUUCAUAUGAAAUGCCAGAGUAACACGUUAAAUCCGUUUGCAAAAUGUCAGAACAAACUAUAAUAUGCAUUUAAUGUUUUAUUUUUUAUUUUUAGUUAUAGCUUCAUUUGUUACUAAUGCAAAAAAAAAAUAUUCAAAAUUGCCACGCAUGUAUUUAUGUAUAUUUUCAUAGAUGUAAAACUAAGGUAAUAUCCACUUUUUAUGAUCUGUUAUUGGCUUUUAUAUAUACAUUGGCGAGACAUAGAUCAACGUUAACUCUUUGCAGUAAUGCUCCCUUUGUUAAUGGUUUAUAAAUGGGUUCAUUAAUGACUAAUAAGUCAUUUACAAAUGCAUUAUAAACAACAUGAAUAAGUUAAAACAAUAUGAAUAAAAAGAUAAACUUUCAUUAAAUACUUUCCAAAUAGUGAGCCAUUUUACCCUACCUGUUAUAGAUGAUUAAUAACACGCAUUCAACAGUAACCUGUGAAAUAUAUACCUCACUGUAAUAUGGAUACAUAUUAACAAUGUAUUAAGGAGUUUCCAAUAUUAGAAACGUUUGUACAUAAAGUUCAGUCAUGUAUUAAUGUUCAUCAGGCUUUAUUAUAUGACAUAUGCUGUGAAUGAGCAUGCAGAGCUGAAAAGUGUUUUUGUACAGGACUUUAGGUAACUAGGACUGGGUAAGUUGGGACAGCACUCGGAGUAGCACCAUUCUUUUCACAUCAACCUGACAUGAAAAGUGACAACACACGUUAGUCAAGACAUUACAGUAAUAAAUAUAAGCACAAAAUGACAUAAUCCCUCCUUUUAAUCUCACUAUAAUAAUCUAUUCUUGCUGCGUUGUGACAUAAAACAUGAAUUACGGUAUUAUAUUGUCUUGAUUUAAAUAAUUUGAAUAAGUGUAUUUAUUAAGCAAAUAUAACUCAUUUAUUAAACAAAUGCACACCAUUUGACAAGUGUUGCACAAAAGUAGCCUCUUGUUAUAACUGCUUAUCAGUGAUUCAAGAUGCAUUUGUAAGUGGUUUAUUAGUUCUUAAUGAACCUCUUUAUAAACUCAACUAAGGGAAUGAAAAGUGUUACGAGAUUAACUCUUCUCUUUGGGAUGCCUUGUUGAAUAAAAGAUCUUGCACUGAUCCUUUCUCUACAGUGAUUUCAGAUACAGAGAGGUGUUUGAAGUUGGGAAGAGGGAUAUCGGAUGGCAAACUGGAUUACAUACCUUUAGGUUGCAGUCACAUUAGGCUUUGUGCUCCAUUUCCAUUAUAUAUAUAUAUAUAUAGGUGAGUAAAUAAACAUAAAGAAGUUUUGUUCAAAGGAUCUAAAUGUAACAGAUUGAUGUCUUGGCUUAAUACAAAAACAUGCAAACUUCAAAACUGCAUGGUUUGCAGUGCUGCAGAAAAGUGGAGUAUGAUACAUUUUAACAUUUUGAAUUUCUGCUUAUUUUUGACUCAUAAUU